AUGACGGACAAACUACCCCCACAGCUGCUACAGCUGUUCGCUCCCAGACCUGCUCUGCGAUACCUGCCGCCAUGCGACCACGCUCCCGAGGAACGUCGCACUCCUGCCAUCUCUGGCGUCGCCCAAUACGUCCAGGCCGCAAAGGAAUACCAUGACGGCUACGUCCCUACCGAGAGUUGGCUGCAGAAGAAGGAUCGCCAAAAGAUGGAAAGAGACGACGCUGCUCAAUACCGCAUCACAGAGGGCUACAAGAACGAAUUCAAACCUCACGAAGACCCAAACGUCGUUGGUGACCCAUUGAAGACCCUCUUCGUUUCUCGCCUUAGCUACAACACCGAAGUUAAAGACCUCGAGCGCGAAUUUGGUCGCUAUGGUCCCAUCGAGCGCGUGCGCUACCACCUUCUUCCUUCUACUCGAACAAACACUGACUCUUUCAGNAUCCGCCUGGUCGAAGACACAACCACUCCCACUCCUAAAAAGAAGCACAGAGGCUAUGCUUUCAUCCUGCCUACAAAGAUGCCGACGGUAUUCGUAUCAAAGACAGACGCAUCCUGGUCGAUGUCGAGCGCGGUCGCACAGUCAAGGAAUGGCGUCCUCGUAGAUACGGAGGCGGUCUCGGUGGCCGUCACUACACAAAGGCUGCUCCUCCUCGUNNCCCUUCUGGUUAUGGUGCUCCUUCUGGUCCCGGAGGCUUCGGCGGCGGCGGNUCGCGGCGGGUUCGGUGGGGGCUUCAGAGGAGGUUUCCGUGGCGGAAGAGGAGGAGGAGGCGGCGGCGGCGGCGGCGGCAAUUUCAGAGGCGGCUUCGGUGGAGGUGACAGAGGUGGGUAUGGGGUGGCAGGUCUGGAGUCGGCUACGGCAACGGAUUCCCAGAAGAUGCUCAAGGACAUCGACGGUAAGCCCAUCACCGUAUGCGCACGACGUCGGUAA